AUUCCGAGGUGCUCCUGAAGGCAGCAGCAGCUCCUGUGGAAACGAACCUGUGCAGAAGUGAACAUGAACGACAGAAACAAGCCGGUGACCCUGAAAAUCAUCCUCGUAGGAAACUCAGGGGUGGGGAAAUCCUCCUUCAUGAACAGGUUUGUGAAUCACCGCUUCACCAACAUGUACCGGACCACCAUCGGGACAGACUUCCUCUCCAAAACAGUCACCAUGGAUGGGGACACCGUCAACCUGCAGAUCUGGGACACCGCGGGCACGGAGAGGUUUCAGUCUCUGGGAACACCUCUGUACCGAGGAGCUCACAUCUGCCUGCUGGUGUUCGACGUCACAUCCAGAGACAGUUUCUCCGCCCUGGAGGAGUGGAGGAAGGAGUUUCUGAUCCAGGGAGAGCCUCAGGACCCAGACCACUUCCCCUUCAUCGUGCUGGGCAACAAGACCGACCUGAGCGACAGGGAGGUGUCUGGCGCAAAGGCCCAGCAGUGGUGCAGCGAAAUCGGAGCACAGUAUUUUGAAGGAAGCGCUAAAGCAGACCUGGAUGUGGAGAAGCCGUUCCUGACAGCGGCUCGGAGCGGCCUACAGCAGUACAAAAAACACACAUUGGAAAAUACAGGACAUUUCCAGAUAACCUGCGAACAGCCGAGAGAAACUCGCAACGCCUGUGAGUGCUGAGUCAGCGCUCGUCCCCGAGAGGCCGGGGGAAAGUUCAGAGAGACCUCGGCACUGCUGAUGAUGACCUAUCUAACGAGGGUGCAAAAAUAGUGACCCAGCAAAGGUACUGUGGAAGGAAAAGGACACAUUGUAUACCACAUGGAGAGAGGAACAAACUCAGUAAAUGUUUUUUCAGUUUUUUUUUUUAUCUUGAGAACCUUCAGCUUAUGGUCUAACUUAAGGCAUCACUACUAAAAUACACUGCUUUUGCAUGCAUGUCUAGUUUUUGUUCAACAGACACACUGACACACACACACAAAUUAUGAAUGCAUAUGAAGAGUUUUUGAGAAAGAAAUUGGGAGAAAAGCACAAAACGAGAGAGACCGAGGCGCCGGCCGGAGAAAAAAGGCGGCAAAGCGGAAAACCUCGAAUCUUCCUGGCCUUUUACCGUGACAAAGUAGAUAUACAGUCCUGCAACGCUCCCUGUACAGCUCGUCGUGUUGUAAUGAACCUAGCAGACUCCCACAGUGAAUCAGCUCGACAGAAGCAAACCAUCAGGGAGACUAUAUAUAUUUAUAUAUAUAUAUAUAUUUGUUUCUUUUAUAAGUAAAGACACAAAAAGGCAAUCGAGAGAUGACCGACAUGUAAAAACAGUUUGUUACAGGUAAUUAUAUAAAAGGCCAAGAUGAUGAAUUUUUUUUGUUUGUUUUAUUCUUGCUCUAUGAACGAACUAAUUUACAAGUGAGUACACUCCGGCUAUGUAAGCUUUUUUCCCCCAAAAGACAUCCCCAUUUUCCACACGGGUUUUACACAUCACAGUUAGCUUGCUGUAGUCUGAAAUACAGAGUCUUGGAAAGGAAAAAAAAAAAUUAAAAUUUAUUAAAUGGAUUCACAAACAUUAAUAGGAAAGGGGAACAUAUGUCUACUAAUAUAAUUUGCCAUUCUAAAAAAGAAAAAAAGGAUAAAAAAAGCGGGGGGACAAUUGUUUAGGUUAUUAAGGGGGGGGAGGGGGGAAAGAUCUGAUGUUUUGUCCUCAUACUUCGUGAGAUUCCAUGUUUGGCAAACAAAGCAACACAAGCAUUGAGUAGUAAACAAAGUAAAAACUCUCCUGGGUCAGAGUGCCCUUCAGUCCUUCAACCUCGGUGGCUUCUACUUGGAACAAAUACAAAAGUCUCUCUCUCUCGUUCAUUUACCUUCUGUCAACAAGAACAUACAACCGGCUGAAUGAAGAUUUCUUUUAAAAA